CAGUCACAUGACAGAUCGAACUUCCCGCAUGCAGUGACUGCUAACCAGCUGCUGACUGCCUCCACAGGAAUGAGCUAGCUGGCUAUAGUUUUAGCAAUUAGUCGUCAGAUGAACGGGGACAUAAACCUUAAGAAUGCUUUCCCGUUUGCUUAAGGAACACCAAGCGAAGCAAAACGAAAGGAAAGAACUCCAAGAGAGACGCAGGCGGGAGGCGAUAGCAGCUGCAGCAUGUCUGACUGAGGCCCUGGUGGACCACCUUAACGUUGGGGUGGCCCAGGCCUAUGUGAACCAGCGCAAGCUGGACCACGAGGUGAAGACCUUGCAGGUGCAGGCCAGCCAGUUUGCCAAGCAGACGGCCCAGUGGAUCAGCAUGGUGGAGGGCUUCAACCAGGCACUGAAGGAAAUCGGGGAUGUGGAGAACUGGGCCCGCAGCAUUGAGAUGGACAUGAGGACCAUUGCCACGGCGCUGGAGUACGUCCACAAAGGCCAGCUGCAGGCAGCCUCCUCCUAGACACCACCACCACCACCAUGGCAACCAGCCCACCAAUCAGAGGGAACUUACACAACUACAUGCAUUUCAGUUCCCCUCCAUGGCCUGAACCAUUCCCCCCCAUAUUACAAAUUAGCAGCUGAAGUAUUGCCAACCGUCAUGAGUGGGUACGAGGAUCUGGAGGGCUUUGCUUUAGCCGCUGGUGUGACAAGGCUCAUUGGUCAAUAAUAAGCCUAUUAGAGUGAUGUAAUCGUGCUUGUGCUUACCGCCCGGGGUCUUUUGUCACAGUGCGGGUUUUCUCCUGGUUUGUAAUGAACAGUGAAAUUCACGCGUUUCUCACGGGUGCUGAUGCCAGAACUGAAGUCUUCUUGCGCUGCUCUGAGAUCCAGUCCGAAGCCGAAGAUGCUGUUUGCUCUCUGCGGCACGCGAGUGCAGAACGGUAAUGUGUCAUUCAGUCACGGGCCAGUAAGCAGAGCGCCGUCCCGUGUUUUUGCUCAGACUCUCUGUCGCUGUUGCAUAAUAAUGUGGCAUUUCCGCCCUUUCUGAUAGCUGAAACCGGUGUCAGAAUCCAGUUAUGGAGGGCCUCAGUGUCUGCUGGUUUGCUGUGUGGUUUCAGCAUCAGGUUCAUUUCUCGCUGAAGUUCAUUGGUCAUUGAAGUUUUUGAUUGGUCAACACCCUGCAGACUCUGCAGCCCUUCAGGACAGGAGUUAAAUGUCCAGGCACUACAGUCCACCAGGACUGGAGUUAAACCUGCAGGCACUUCGACCUUCCAGGACUGGAGUUAAACCUGUAGACGCUGCAACCCUCCACAACUGGAGUUAAAUCUGCAGACACUGUGGCCCUCCAGGACUGGAGUUUGACACCCCUCACUUACAAACUAGCACUGAUUAUGCUAUGUCAUUUAUGACAAAACACACAUGCAGAUUGGGUACAUCUGCCGUGUCAUUAACAUAAUUUGGUAAUUUUUCUCAACUAGUAAAUAUAUUUAUGAUCUAUGACCCUAUCGCAUGUUCUAAUAUAGAGUUGUUAUGUGGCUAAAUAUAGCUUUUUAAGAAUAUUUUCAAAGUGUUUCCAAUGAGUUUACAUGUAUGAUCCCUGUUACCUUGGCAAUAAAUUAAUGUAUCUUUUGUGUGUUUUUUAAUUAACCUUGCUUGGACAUGAUUGUUAGCUGUGAGCUUUUGACAAAGCUCAUAAUGGAAGUAAUAAAAAAAAUUUAAUAUAAAA